CUUCGAUCUUUUUCUAUAUAUCCUCAAACCAAAAAAUGGAUGGGUGCUUAAAGAUAAAACUAAUAAGAGGAACUCAAGGGCCUUAUCUUGUAAUUCAAAAAUAGGUAGAAACUCAUUUUUCAAACGUCAGUUAGUAACAAAUAAUAUCCGGCCAGUAAAUAGUUAGUUGUUAAUUUUUAUUUUGUUUCACGGAGCAGUUGCUUUCAAAACCUCAGUUUGAACCUAAAUAUGUGUUCUCUUAUAUUAUUUAACAUUACAACAUGAAACAGAAUUCCCAAAUAUUAUUCGAAUUUGAAUUCCAUGCAAAAGAUUUUGCAUAUAGGCGACAGAGACAGCCACCAAUUGAUGAUGAAUUUGCACAAAAUGUUGAUGAGUUGAUCAAAUGAUAUUAGUGAUCUAGAUCACACUUCAUUUGACAACAAUCAUCAUCAUCAUGAACAUUUUCAUUUUCUCAAGUUUUCUUCUUCUUCUUCUUGUUAAUCAAAAUGGGUACCAGAUUGAUGCCAAAGAAUACUGUAAUUUCUUCAAAGGAAGUUGGGUUUUUGAUGAAACUUACCCGCUCUAUAAUUCAUCGCAAUGUCCCUUCAUAGAGCACGUUUUUAACUGCCAAAGAAAUGGCCGACCAGAUCACAAUUAUCUUAAAUACCGAUGGCAGCCUCAAGGUUGUCACUUAAAGAGUUUCUGCGGAUAUGGAUUCUUGAAUAAAUUCAGGAACAAAAGCAUAAUGUUUGUGGGUGAUUCUUUAACCCGAGACCAAUAUCAAUCGUUCUUAUGCAUGAUCUACACAUCCGUGCCCGGAAACAGAUACACUCAGAAACGAGAAGGGGAUAUUUCCACCGUUACAUUUUUGGAUUAUGGAUUGGAAGUGAAGUUGGAUAGGAAUUUGUACUUGGUGGAUAUGGUACGAGAAGACAUUGGAACAGUACUAAAACUGGAUUCGGUUGCCAACAAAGCCUCCAAAUGGUUGCAAAAUGACGUUCUUAUCUUCAACACAUUUGCUUGGUGGGGCAGAAAAGGAAACAGAAAACCAUGGGAUUUUGUUCGAUUCAGGAACAAUACAAUGGAAGACAUGGAUCGAACGGUGGCGUUCAAGUUGGGACUAUACACAUGGAUAUGGUGGGUGGAGCAUUUUAUCGACCCGGCUAAAACCCGGGUCUUCUUUCAAACAGUUUCUCCAGCACAUUACAAUGGAAGAGAGUGGGAUGAUCCAAACUCCAAGAACUGUGGAGGGGAGACAGAGCCGGUGCUCGGUUCGGAAUAUCCCGGAAGCCUGCCGCCGGCAUUGGGUGUCCAGAAAAGGAUCAUAGGGACAAUAAAGACGAAGGUGAAAUUGCUUGAUAUAACCCACCUUUCACAGUUCAGAAAAGAUGCACAUCCAACUGUUUACGGCGAGUUUGGCAAAUCUGGAAUGGACUGCCUCCAUUGGUGCGUUGCCGGAGUUACUGAUACUUGGAAUGAAAUUUUAUACAAUCUUCUUCUCUAGAAUACUAUUAUUUUUCUGUAAUCAUUUUUUUUAAAGAAAAUAAUUCAAGGUAACAUUUGUUGUUCUUUUGGUCAAAAGCCAGUCUAAGAAUAAUAAGUGUAUUUGUUUCAAGCACAUUAUGUAGUAACAUACAAUAGUUUGUUGAUGAUAAUCCACUCAUUUCUAUUCAAU